AAAAAGUUCUUACUAUUACUUCAAAUGUUUCUUGCUACUCAGACGUGGAGUGUAGAUACUUCCGGUGUUGUGACUUUUACUUAGAAAUAAUUCCCAAAACCUCUUGUAUACGACCUCAGUUAGAACGGUUAAAUUCGGUAUGAUAUGAAAAUGACAUAAAUGUAAUUGUAUCAUCACAACUGUACCAUUGAAUGAUACACACGUUAUGCUGUAAAAGGAGAUAAAUGUUAUAGCGGAGUAAUACAAAGUUCCAACGUGUCCAUCUUUGAAAAAAUCGAAAGGAUACUCGAAUGACGAUAACAAUCAAAACUAUCUAGGUGUCACAUUCUAGAACAAUCAAUAUGGUACUGCUGGCGGCGGCAGUAUGCAACAGAUCUGGAAAAGCGAUCAUCUCUCGACAGUUUGUUGAGAUGACCCGCUCUCGGAUAGAAGGUCUCUUGGCUGCAUUCCCGAAACUGAUGAACACAGGCAAACAGCACACAUUUGUAGAAACUGAAAGUGUGCGUUAUGUAUACCAGCCAAUGGAGAAGCUUUACAUGCUGCUUAUCACGACAAAAGCAAGCAACAUUCUUGAAGAUCUGGAGACCCUCAGAUUAUUCGCUAAAGUUAUCCCAGAAUAUUGCAGAAUGAUGGAAGAAUCUGAGAUUAUCGACCAAGCAUUUCCUCUCAUAUUUGCAUUUGAUGAGGUGGUUGCCCUUGGCUACAGAGAAAGUGUAAAUCUGGCCCAAAUCAGGACAUUUACAGAGAUGGACUCACACGAAGAGAAAGUCUUUCAAGCUGUUCGUCAGACCCAAGAGCGUGAGGCGAAAGAAAAGAUGCGACAACGAGCAAAAGAACUUCAACAACAAAGACGGGAACAAGACAAACGAGGUGGACGUGGCCCUGGAUUUGGUGGAGGAUUUGGUGGAGGUUCAAGUAGUGGAUUUGGUGGCAGUUCUUCAAGUAGUUCUAUUGAUGCAGUACCAGUUGAACCUACUCCUAAAUCAACAUACACAGCUCCAAGUAGGCCUAGUUCAUCAGGCAAAGCAAUGAAGUUAGGCAGUAAGAGCAAAGAUGUCGAUACAUUUGUCGAUCAGCUCAAAUCAGAGGGCCAGCAGGUGGUAAGUGUUGCCCAGCAGUCAAAGGCCCCCACUGCAGUAUCCAAAGCCUCCACCCCAGCAGUUAAUCAAGAGAGUGUACACUUACGUAUGGAGGAGAAACUCAGCUGUACUGCAGGUAGAGAUGGUGGUUUACAAAACCUGGAAGUUCAUGGCAUGGUCUUAUUGAAAAUCUCAGAUGAAAAAUAUGGAAGAGUUAGGGUGGCUGUGGCUAAUAAUGACUCCAAAGGUGUCCAGAUUCAGACUCAUCCAAAUGUAGACAAAAAAUUAUUUGCGGCAGCAGGUCAAAUAGGUUUAAAAAAUCCCGCCAAGCCAUUCCCUAUGAACACAGAUGUUGGAGUAUUAAAAUGGCGCUUCCAGAGCCAGGAUGAGGCUUUCAUGCCCCUGUCAAUUAAUUGUUGGCCUAAUGAAAGUGGUAGUGGAUGUGAUGUCAACAUAGAAUAUGAACUACAAAUGGAAAAUCUUGAACUCAAUGAUGUUGUUAUAUCUAUACCAGUGCCGUCAGGAGUUGGUGCUCCAGUAGUAAACGAAUGUGAGGGGGAAUAUCACUAUGACAACCGCAAAAAUAUACUAGAAUGGACUCAUCCAGUUAUAGACUCAUCCAAUCUAUCCGGCUCAAUGGAAUUUUCCAUUGCUGGCCACCCAGAUGAUUUCUUUCCCGUCAAUGUAUCAUUUGUAUCUAAGAAACCUUAUUGUGAUUUAGAGUUAAAUGAUGUGCGACAAGUCGAUGGAGAAGCCUCAGUGAAAUUCUCAUCAGAAGUUUUAUUAUAUGUGGAGAAAUAUGACAUCGUGUAG